AUGAGGAUUCUGGCUUCGCCUGAGAACGUCUCCAGCGUGUUGGCGUCCGUCAAUGCAGCAGAGCCCGUGCGAGUGCAUCUAUUGGCAGGGGUCUACCCGAGCGUUACAUUUACUCUGCCACGCGGUGCCAAUCUGGAGUUGCAGGGUGAGCCGGGCACGAAGAUGGAGGAGUUGGUUGUGCAUGGGGACUCUGAGGACGACGCCGAGACGGACGACGCCGAGACAUCAAGGACAUUGGCUAACGUCACUCUGCGGGUGGAGGGCAAUGCCAGCAUCGUAGAGUCCAACAUGACCGGGCAGUACUAUUUAGGACUUCUCGGAAACCACAGCCGCGUUGAGAAUUCACACUUCGGCGCAUGUUACGGAAGCUGCGUGUCGAUCCAUUCCCGGCAAUCUGCUCUCGUCGGCUACUCCAUGCAGACCGCAGUGUCCGUUGGGGGCAAUAUCGAUGGGAUCAACUUGGAGAUUCGUGACAUGGAAAUCUUCGAUGUCUACACCCCGUUCCUCCAGUAUGUUGACGAGGAUGAAGGCCCCAUGCUAAAUCAACAGCACUUGAAGAGCUGCCAGUAUUCCUUCCUGGUUUUAGUCUUCACCUGCUCCGGUAUGUACUGCGUUAGCUGUCUUGCAACGCUAGAUGUGACCUUCACCAUGGUGAAGUUUCGGAACGUCUGGGUGAAGAUUGAUGCGAGCCGGUGGAAGCUAACCAUGCAACGCAUCACCAUGGAAGAUGUCACGAAUUCCGGCCUGACCCUGCAAAGCAGGAACGCGAGCGACCGUGGCACUGCUCAGCUUCGCGAUGUUUCUAUGCACAACAUCAUGGGCACCGGGCUUGUCAUGGACUGGACGAUUGUGAACAUGACCGGCACGACCUGCAGAGACUGUAACAUGGCAAUGGCAGCCCAUGCCUCUUCUCUGAACAUGCGUGGGGUAGACAUCCUGGGCAAGCACAAGCAAUGCAACGGGAUUGCUUUGAAGUCAUCGCGUUUAGAAGCGCAUGAUGUGCGCAUGACGAAUCUGGCUGCUGGACUACUGCUGAAAUCCUCGACCGUGCACUUGGAGGACGUCUUCAUCACAGACAAUGCUUUGGGUGUCCUGCCGGUAAACACAACGGGCACCAUCAGCGGACUGGUCUACUUCAACGAUGCAGCAGACGAGCUGUGCGAAUAUCAUGAUGGCAUUAAAGUUUGUCCCACUUUGGAGCACCGGAGCGCGGCUAUGAAAGUGCACCACUCGAAAGCCCUGAUGCUCUCCUUGCUUGCCUGUCUCGUCGCUACCAUCUCGGCAGUCCAGGGUCUCAAGCUCCUCUACACCGAGAAGGCACUCUCCCUGCGCAUGUUCUUGUGGAUGCUCGGUUGUGGCCUGUGGCCCGUGGUGAUGAUCGGAGCCGUGAAUGUAUUGUUGGUCAUCCGGCGUGCAGUCCAAGAGCAGGAGGCGAAGCAGCGCGCGAACCUGGAGGAGUUCGUUGGUCCAGAGAAGAAAAUGAUGUGGCGCCUCCUGUUCCUAUUGAUUUGGUCAGCGGGUGGUAUACUUUACGUCUUCUUCGAUGUCUUCCUCAAUCGACACGGCUUGAUGCUGACUGGCGAUGCACGGCGCCGGAAAGAGCUCGAUGAGAAGAAGGCUCGACUGAAAAAACGCCUGGACAACCAGAGCCUGCGGAGCAGAAUGCAAAGCCUGCACCGCAAGCUCUUCGCGGCUCUGGAUCGCCGUAAGGUCGAUGCAGCAGAGAUCUUCCAGGCGGAGAUGAAGGAUUUGGCAGAGGAAGAGGCAAGCAACCUGGCUGGGUGGUUUGAGGACCAGCGCCAAGUGUACCAGGACAUGGAGCAAAAGUGUGACAGAGAGGACGACGGUGGUGCACGGAUGGAGCAGCUGGAGAAGAUUCCAUCCCAAGAUGGCGAGGCAGUGCAGCCACCCUUGGAAGAGCAUUAUUGCGACACGGAGGAGAGUGAAACCAAGCCGGAGGCGGGUGGAAAGAACAAGAAGUCGCCGGUGGAUGCUUUGUGGACGUAUGCGAGCUGGCUGCGGGCAGACUUCAAGGGGCAACUUGGAUGUGAUGAUGUUUUUGGCUUGAGGUUGUCUUGGUGCGGAAGAGGAAGACGAAGAUGA